UCACUCGGCUCCACCGGCGCGUCUCGGCUGAACGUGGAGGCGGCGACUGAGUGGCAGGAAAAACACAGCUACCCUCCCGAAUCAGGGCGGGGGUUCCCCUUCACAUCCAAAGCGGCGCAUCGACUUGCCCCACGGACCAUGUUUGCAAGCUGUGCCUGUCCUCGGGCGUUUCAGUAGGGAUUUGAUUUCAUUUUCUUUUUCGGCCCUGCGGAUGUCGCGGCGCCCAGCUCUGCCCUGCUCGCCGAGCGAAAGGCGCAGCUAGACGGGGGAGGGGCGGGGACUUGUGUGAGAAAGAUCCGUGGCUGUGCUGGGUCUCCGGGAGCCAUCCUCCGAGGACCCAGCCCUCCUGCUUUCCCGGAGCACCUACGGCGCGCUGGGGCGUGAAGGCGUCCAUCCCUCGGCAACACAGGACUACGCGAGCCCGAGGCCCCCUGCCUGUGGAGCAGGGCUCGGCCAAGAGCCGGGGGGAUGACUCUGGAAUCUAUGAUGGCCUGCUGCCUGAGCGAGGAGGCGAAGGAGUCCAAGCGGAUCAACGCCGAAAUCGACAAGCAGCUGCGCCGGGACAAGCGGGACGCCAGGAGGGAACUGAAGCUGCUUUUGCUCGGAACAGGAGAGAGCGGAAAGAGCACCUUUAUCAAACAGAUGAGGAUCAUCCAUGGAGCAGGCUACUCUGAUGAGGACAAGAGAGGUUUCACUAAGCUGGUCUACCAGAAUAUCUUCACUGCCAUGCAGUCCAUGAUCCGUGCAAUGGAGACUUUGAAUGUCUCAUAUAAAUAUGAGCAGAACAAGUCUAAUGCCCUGUUGGUUCGAGAGGUUGAUGUGGAAAAAGUCUCAACGUUUGAGCUCCCCUAUGUAAAUGCCAUUAAAAUGUUAUGGAAUGACCCCGGAAUUCAAGAGUGCUAUGACCGGAGGCGAGAAUAUCAGUUGUCUGAUUCUACUAAAUACUAUUUAAGUGAUCUAGACCGAAUUGCAGAGCCCUCCUACCUUCCCACCCAGCAAGAUGUAUUAAGAGUUCGAAUUCCUACAACUGGGAUUAUUGAAUAUCCCUUUGACUUGCAAAGCAUCAUUUUCAGAAUGGUUGAUGUUGGUGGACAGAGAUCAGAACGCAGGAAGUGGAUUCACUGUUUUGAAAAUGUAACAUCCAUCAUGUUUCUUGUAGCUCUUAGUGAGUACGACCAAGUUCUAGUAGAGUCUGACAAUGAGAACCGUAUGGAAGAGAGCAAAGCAUUAUUCAGAACGAUCAUCACAUAUCCCUGGUUUCAGAAUUCCUCUGUUAUCCUUUUCUUGAAUAAGAAAGACCUCCUAGAAGAGAAGAUAAUGUACUCUCAUUUAGUGGACUACUUCCCAGAGUUUGAUGGUCCUCAGAGGGAUGCUCAAGCUGCCCGGGAGUUCAUCUUGAAAAUGUUUGUUGACCUGAACCCUGACAGUGACAAGAUCAUCUACUCUCAUUUCACCUGCGCUACAGACACCGAAAACAUCCGGUUUGUUUUUGCUGCUGUUAAAGACACCAUACUGCAGCUGAACCUAAAGGAGUACAACUUGGUGUAACUCCCAUUUUUUCCACCCAGCCCCAUUCCUAAACUCCCCCUCCUUCCCCAUUACUAGUACUUACCUGCACGCAUACGGGCGCAGAAGAAACUAAAAAAAAAUUAAGUAAAACAAAAGGAAUUAACUAAAUUUCACUAAGAGAAUGAUUUCUGAAGUCUGAUACCUUAUUCUUGAUUCUCUCCAAAAGGAAGACCUUUUAAUAUUUUUUGUUUUUAAAUUAUGGAGUUUGUCAGGAUUAUUAAGGAAGGUUUAAAAUUUGUAUUACUUUUCAUAUUUGUCUUUUAAAUUGCUCUACAUUUUAAUGCAGUUUGUACUUUAAGUCUUCAUCACUACAGUUUCCCAGUUGUAUUAGGCUUGAUUACCUACCACUGGACACUCUAACACCCAGUUCCCACUGGAAAAAGGUGGAUCUCAGUAUUAAGUGGGUAGGAGAAUGAUGGGACUUGUUUAAAAAAA